CUGAUGAUUUUAGUGAUCUUGAUUUUGGGUUUCACAUGUUUUAUAAGCAAAGCUGAACUGUUUGUGGUGGACCUAACCCUUCACGCUGUCCUGAAAAAGACUCUUUUCCUUCACGGACUCUCUCUCUCUCUCUCUCAUUCUCUACUCUGUUUUCUUUUGUUCUCUCAAUCAUAACAUUUUUUUUUGGAGGACGAGAUGGGAAAUUGUCAGGCGGUUGAUGCGGCGGCGUUGGUUGUACAGCAUCCCGACGGGAAACUCGAUAGAUAUUACGGUCCUGUACCCGUCGCUGAGAUCAUGCGUAUGUAUCCUGGUCACUAUGUUUCUCUUAUUAUUCCAUUACCGGAGACGAAUGUUCCGGCGACGACGACCAAGACGGUGGAAGAUGAUAAGAGUGAGAGAAGGGUCGUGAAGUUCACGCGUGUGAAACUUCUUCGACCAACGGAGAGUCUUGUACUUGGUCAUGCUUACCGUCUCAUCACUUCACAAGAGGUCAUGAAAGUUUUAAGAGCAAAGAAGUAUGCGAAGACAAAGAAGCAUCAGAGGGAAACGACUGAAGAGAAGAAUCCUACAUCUCUAGAGAAGAAGGUUGCUGAAGAAUCCGACAAGAAUCAGAAUCAGAAUAUGGAAACGAAUGAUGAGAAGCAACGUGCAGUGUUAACGAGCUCAGGAUCGUCGAAAUCGAAAACAUGGAGACCAUCAUUGCAGAGCAUAUCUGAAGCUACAAGCUGAUGUUGUUUUAGUUUUUGCUUUAGGGACAAGAAACAGAGUCUCUGUGUGGAUAAUCCGAAGAUACAAAAUCUGAAAAGAAAGAGAUAUAAACUCUCCUGAAUAAUCUCUUCUCUUUUAGGUUCCUUUCUGGUUAUUACAUAUAUUAAGAUCAAACCACUCCUUAGAGAUUAAGAACCGAGUCCGUUUUUGUCUUGUCAAUGUAUAUAUAUAAGUUCUCCAGAUUAAGAAAUCGAUCGAAAAUAA